AUGACUUCUUCCAAGUAUCUCGCACUUGCAGCUCUCCUCCUUCUGCUUAAAUCUACUACGGUCACUGCCACUGCUGAAGCCGACCUAGACAUCCGAAAUGACAUUGACAACGUCGACUACAUAGGCCUCGCAUCCGAGCCCCGUGAGGAUGAUGAAACAUAUAUCCUAAAUCCUCGAACGACUGGGGAGCCCCAUGAGCCCCAUAUAGAAGCUCGGACGCCUGGCAUCCCCAAGAAGGCAGUUCCCCCAACAAUGAAGGCCACCAGUGCCAUUAACAAGGCUGCUACGAAAGUAAAGAAAGCAACGCCCACGAAGUCUACCACUGCUACGAAGGAGGGACUAAAGGCAAAAGCUGGUGCUCAGAAUGCCAACCCUAGAAAGACUGGUGAUAAUGCUACCUUGAAAAGGGCGACUUCGCAGAGAGCCACAGGCAAGGUUGCUUCGAGGAAAGAGAGCCUCGGGAACGCUGUAGCCAAGGGCAAGACCGGCCCAUCGAAGCAGGCCCCUGAAGGGGUCAAUGGAAAGGCUGCUAGAAAGAAGGGCCGCCUCAGAAGACAAGGCAAGACUGCUUCCACGGUUAAAGCGACGUUCAAGACUGAGAUUGCAGCGGCCAGGAUUGAAGCGGCUUCAAAGACCAAAGCGACUUCAGAGACCAAACCUGCUUCCAAGACUAAACCGACUUCCAAGACCAAAAAGACCUUCAAGACCAAUACGAGUUCAGAGACCCAAGCGACUUCGGAGACCAAAGAGACUUCGAAGACCAAAGAGACUUCGAAGACCAAAGAGACUUCGAAGACCAAAGAGACUUCGGAGAACAAAACGACUUCGGAGAACAAACCGGCUUGGGAGACCAAACCGGCUUCCAAGACCAAACCUAUUUCCAAGAAGGUGGGUGCUGAAGGGCCAGAGGGAAAGGCCACGGCCACGAGCAAGGCCUGUCCCAAGGGUACUGAAGACAAGGCCAGUUCCAAGAAACCUAGGACGGAGAAGACUACAUUUUUCAAACAGACCCCAGGGCAAAGCUCCUUCCAACCCAAAAACUGGCAGAAGCAAACGGGCGCCAAGAAAUCUGGGGGCAACGCGGCUUCUAGGAAGGCUAGCUCUCAGAAGGCUGGUUUAAAGAAGGCUAAAGCCAAGGGGACCAAGCGAAAAGAUGCUUGCAGGAAGUCUAGAAACAGGCACAAAAUAUAA